UCAAACAUGAAUAAUUCUACUACUCAUCUAACAUAGCUAAGUAUUUUAAAACGGACCAUUACAAUAAUAAAGUAAAGAAGGUGGAGAGAAUCUAGAAAUGCUUGUAUAUAUUUUUUAAUUUCGAAAAAAAAAAAAUCCCAAAAGUAAAUUUAAAGAAAGGAGAGUUGAGAGAAGGAGAUAAAUAGGAAGAAGCAGAGAAUAAAAAAGAAGACCGGAUGUUGACAAAUUAUAUGUCACUGUUCUUAGAAGGUCGUUUGUUUGUGUGAAGAUUUCUUAUCUGGGAUCUCUCUAAGUCUCUCUCUAAAAAGAAAAAUUUUUUUUUUCUCUCUCUCUCUGUCUUCUUAGUUUGAGAUACUGGCCCAGCAGAUCGAAAUCUUCAUCUUUUUCUCGUUGUUUGGAUGAUGACGAUCUAAUUAAGCUCUUUCUUCAAUGGUUUUACAAAUUCACCAACUUUCUAUUUUUAAUUUAAUUUUAUUCCCCUUUUCAAAUUAAUAUAAAGGGUAUUUUAUCUUAUUUUGUUUUAUUUUAUAUUUUUUAUAACUCAUUUGUAAAGUUCAUUCCUUUUUCAGUCUCUGAAGACUGAAUUUUCAUGAUGGGACUUUGGGGGACUUUUAUUUAUCAUCUAUGAAGAGAGAGAAACCUUGUUGUUGAAUGAUUGAAUCCCUUCCCAAGCCUACUGUAUGUAGAGAGAGAAACAAUUUUGUUUAAGAGAAAAUAAACAAAUUAAGAGUUUAAGGGAGUGAUUGGAGGAUGUGGGUCUAAAGGAAUGGGAACAAAAGUGCAGAUUGAGAAUUGCUUGCCUGCACAUUACUCAAUGAAGGAUCUUAAUCGUGAUGCUAAUGGUGGUAGUUGGCCUUUGUGUUUUGGUGAGAGCAAUUUAUCCAACGGACAAUGUUAUUAUAGUUUUCUUCCGAGGACUGUUGCUGAUUCACAUCCAGGAUACGACAAGGAUUUCGUGAAGCAGACAAUGCUUCAGCAUGAAGCCAUAUUCAAGAAUCAGGUUUAUGAAUUGCAUCGGCUAUAUAGAGUACAAAGAGAUAUGAUGGAUGAGGUUAGGAGGAAAGAACAAUUCAAAAGACGAAUUCCUAACGAGACUUCUUCGUCUUCAAGCCCCGUGCCAUCCCAAAUGCAUUACGAGGAAAUGCAAAGAUGGAAUACUCUGAAUCUUCCAAUGCCAAAUUCGGCUUGUGGUAGACCACCAAUAUCAACUCCUGAUACUGUUCAGUCGUCACCGUAUUCUGCCAAAGGAAAGAACGUACAAGGUCUUCCGAGUUCAUUUCCGAAAUGUUAUAGCCCGAAGAACUCGGAGUCAGAGUCUAGACCCUCAAAACAUAGAAGACGAAUGCUCUAUCUGCAACUUCCCGCUGAUGAGUAUAUUGACACAGAUGAAGUGACGCAGGUCAAUGAAGUAAAUGAUUCUGAUUGUAUGAGUCCGUCCCCGGAUAAAAACAGAAAACCGGUAGUCGGAAAUGGAAAGCUAUUUAUGCUUCAGGGGGGUGCAUCGAAAUCUGAGUUGCAUGUUAGUAAAUCUAGGACUUUGGCAGAUUUGAACGAGCCUAUAAUUUUGGAAGAGGCAACCUCUGUCGCCUCCGUUGAAUUCAUACAUCCGGGUGGCAGUAACUCUGAUGCUCAGUACCGGGAUUUUUCUUCUAGAAUUUUGAGUCUGUCUAAGGAUGUUACCCAGAACCUCAAGAAUGGCAGUACGAAUGGCAUAUAUGAAUGCAUGGAAAAGAGAGCUAAUGGUCCAGACUGGCUUUGUUAUGCGUUGGAAUCAGAAAUCAAAGGCAGUACGAGAUCCAUUUAUCAAGGUAUCAGUCCAGAAAAGGUGCCUGCACCAUCUCACCCGGUACAUAGUCUGCUUGAUCAAUCCACUCAACGUCCAGCUUUUCUUGCCAGCGAUCACGUCAAAGGAGAUUCAUGGAAAGCAAAAUCUAGUGCCAACAUAGAAAAAUCUGACACGGGUUAUUCUUUGUCCAAUGUUCCUGGAUCAGUUGCUUCUCAUCUUCCAAAUCAACCUGGAUUUUUUCACCCCUCUGAUUUCAGUAAAUCAUGGGAUCAAAGUGCUUCCUCUUGGGGGAAACCCGGUAGUUUUUUGGGCCAGAAGCCUAUACCAGUCCAACAUAGUCUUUAUCUAACUUCUGCUACCUUGAGCAAGAGUCCGCAAUCAUCCGCUCAGAGCAAUGACUUUUUAGGCAAUAAUAAGUGGAAUCUGAAUAGCAGCCCGUCAGCUUUAGGGACUGAAACGCCCGUGAGAAAUGGGUUUUAUGAAGGUUCCUCGUCUGCAUUUAAAGGCUUUGAUUAUGUAAAUAGCAAUUACGGUGAUAGAAAGGGGCCUUGUUCCGGUAUAAACUAUUUCAAGGCUACAGGUUACACUGAUGUGAAAGAUAUGAACUUGAACAUAGCACUUCCGAAUGGUUUGUCCAAUGAUCAUAUUAGCCAGCAACGUGUUGUAGUCCUCGACAAGGACUGUAAGUUGGAGAAUCCUGUAGCUGGUUUGCCAUGGCUUAGAGGGAAGGGAACUUGCACCAAGGAGGUAGAGAAUUCAAGGAAAGAUUUUAACUCAUUGGAAUCAGCUCUUUCUCGAUGGGGUUCCUCGAAUGCAACAAAUUCGUGUGAGGUCAAUGUUAAAGCCAAGUUGCCCGAUUGCAGCCGAAAAAUUCUAGGUGUACCUAUAUUUGAAAACCCUCCAACACCAACGAAAGAGGUUUCAAACCCUGUGAUUAUUCAUAAUUGUUCAGGAAACAAGGAAAGUGGAAGUAGUGGGAGAAAAGGUGGUUUUGAUAUUAAUAUACCUUGUGAUCUCACAGAAGAGGAUGUUGUAAUUCUAGAAGAGAAAACUCAAAUUGAGUCUGCUACUCCAAGACAUCUUUUUGACCUCAAUUCAUGUGUAACUGACGAGGAAAUUCCAUGUGAAACCUCGGUUCAAGUUACCGAAAAAGAAACCUGCACAAGGGUUGGCACCGGUAUAGAUUUGGAAGCCCCGAUAAUAAUUGAAAACGAGGCGGAUGAAGAUUUUUCAAUAAAAGAACCAGAGAAGGAGACAGAGGUUCCCCAACAUAAUGUUGAUGAAGAAACCGAAGUUGCCAAGUCAGCCGCAGCAGCGAUUGUUGCCAUUUCAUCACUUGUUAACUUAAAUCAAUCCAAGGAAGCAACUUGUGUUGAAGUGGAAACUGGCUUGGAUGACCCACUUCACUGGUUUGUUGAUAUUGCUUGUUCUAAUAAUGGAAAAGAUGUCGGGGAUUAUUGGUUAUCUGAAGGUUUGGAUGAUUUUGAAUUGAUGACUUUGAGACAAAAAGAGUGCAGUAAAGAGGAGUACUUUCCUCAACCGAGCUUUCCAGAAGUCCCGAUUGUUGAAGAAAAGGGUGCGUGUGUCGUAACUACAACUAGAACACGAAAAGGGCAUGGUCGUAGAGGACGACAAAGAAGGGAUUUUCAGAGAGACAUUCUCCCCGGCCUUACAUCGCUUUCUAGGAACGAAGUAACCGAGGACCUUCAGAUGUUUGGAGGCCUAAUGAGAGCUACUGGCCAUCCUUGGCAUUCUGGUCCAAAUCGGAGGAACGCUACUAGAAAUGGAUGUGCUAGAGGCAGGCGACGGUCGGUUGCAGCUGCAGCAGUAACCCCAGCCCCAGGCCCAGGCCCAGGCCCGGCAGUAUGUGCCCUUUCAUUGAAACAGCAUCCGCAACAGCUGCAGAGUAACAAUACGGAAGCGGUUUUGGAGGAUAGAAGCCUGACAGGAUGGGGAAAAACAACUAGGCGUCCCCGAAGACAGAGGUACCCAGCAGGUAACCCUGCACCUUCUCCAGUACCUUUGACCUAAUUCAUUGUUGAGAGGCUCCGAUUGUAUGAAUUGAGAAAAUCUAUAGAGACAAAAAAAACCCUAAUAGAGUUGUUCUUUAAGGCAUUUGGAACCGAGCGUUUCCUUUUUCCUUUUAAUUUUUUAGAGAAAAGGGGAUUGCCUUUGUACAUGUUCUGUAGCUCAAAAUUCGGGUCCCCUUAAUUAUCGCUAUCGGUUUUUGCAACCCUGUAUUGUUUGAUGAAUAAUGUUGCAUGGGUUUCUUGUCCUAGCUUAUUCUGCAUCUGUGUCAUGUGUGCUUGUGUUGGAAUGUUUAGGCAGAUUUAUGCUGUUUAUUUGACACAGUUGCAUGACAAAAAGUAUUAUAAAACUUAAUUUAAGCAGAUAGGGGUAUAGACUAUAGAUCAUAGAAGGCCAUAGAUUCUGAUUUCUUGUCUUGUUUUCUCUUUACUGUGUUUGAAUGUAAGCAUUUUUAAAGCAAAGCUUUGGUUUCUGGUUUGCAACAUGUAUGAUAAUCAUAGAAGGCCAUAGAUUCAGAUGUAUGA